AUGGCCAAGGCAGUAGUGGUUUUCGAUUUCGAUGAGACGAUUUUGGACUGCGACAGCGAUAAUUGGGUGGUUGAGGAGAUGGGUGUUGACGACCUCUUUAAGGAGCUUCUCCGCACCAUGCCUUUGAACCCAACAAUGGAUAGGAUGAUGGGGGAGCUCCAUUCAAGGGGAAAGACAAUUGAAGAAAUCGCAGAAAUCUUGAAGAGGGCCCCAUUCGAUCCUCGCGUUAUUUCGGCCAUUAAAGCUGCACACGCUUUGGGGUGCGAUGUGAGGAUCGUGAGCGAUGCAAACACGUUUUUCAUAGUGAGUAUAUUGGAGCACCAUGGUCUCCUCCAUUGCUUCACAGAGAUUAACACAAAUCCGGCCUUUAUUGACGAUAAUGGAAGGCUAAACAUCCGCCCUUGUCACAAGUCACACAAUUGCCCAAUCUGCCCUCCCAACAUGUGCAAGGGCUUGGUCAUAGAGCGAAUUCAGAGCGAAAUAGUUGGCAGUGAUCGUUGUAUCGUGUAUUUAGGCGAUGGCAAAGGGGACUACUGCCCCUCUCUAAAACUUGGCCAUGGUGAUCACGUCAUGCCCCGCAAACUCUACCCAUUUUGGGACCUCUUACAAUCCAAUCCCUCUCUCAUCAAAGCCACAAUUCAUGAAUGGAGCGACGCAGGAGAACUUGAGGCUAAGCUUCUGAAUUUUAUUAGAAAGAAUGAAAAGAAGGAAGAAUUCACUUCUGAGAGUUAUCUUUUAGCCAUAGUUACCAAGAUCGCUUCGGAAUCUUGCUCCGAUAUUCUCGAGCUGGGAUCUCGCUCGGAAUCCAUUUAA